AUGGGCCGGGGAGGAGAGGGCGGGCCGACUGCCGGCCUGCCGCGCAAGAUGUCCUUCGAGAAGCUGAAGGAGAUCGGCGGCAACGUGAAGCAGGACCUCAUCGUCCUCAAGUCGAUGUGGUUCUCGCGUAGCAAGGGCGAGGAUCACGCCUCGCGCCUCGAGUCGUUCUACAGCCCGCAGGCGCAUGCAUACGACAGGUUUCGCGCCAGUUUUCUGUGGGGCCGGCAGCCCAUGCUGGCCACCACCUCAGCCCGCAUACGCGACGUGGAGGACGCCGUGUGGGUCGACCUGGGCGGCGGCACCGGGGAGAAUGUGGACAUGAUGUCUGAGUACAUUCCUCUCAAGCACUUCAAGGCCAUCUACAUCGUGGACCUGUGCCACUCGCUGUGCGAGCAGGCCAAGAAGAAAGUGGAGCAGAAAGGCUGGAAGAAUGUGUAUGUGGUGGAGGCUGACGCAUGCGAGUUUGCACCCAGCACCAAGGCGGACCUUGUAACCUUCUCCUACUCACUCUCAAUGAUACCCCCAUUCCACUCCGCUGUGGACAAGGCCAUCUCCUACCUUAGCAAGAGUGGCUACGUAGGCGUCUGCGACUUCUAUGUUUCGAGUAAAUACGAUCUCCCCCUGCGGCAAAUGAGCUGGUUCAGAAGGUUCUUCUGGAGGUCCAUAUUUGACACGGACAACAUCGACAUCGGCCCUGAGCGACGGAAUUAUUUGGACCACAACAUGGAGCGAGUGUGGGAGUACAAUGGGCAGGGUUCGAUUCCUUAUGUCCCCUACCUGCGAGCCCCCUGGUAUGUCUGGGUCGGCAGAUUGAAGGACGCCCAUGCAGGCUACACCGACCACGAGGCCAAGGUGGAGGCACCACCCCUGUUUCCGCCCACCUUCCUGUACAACAUGUCAUGGGAGGACCCUGAAGCAGACAUGGAUGUACUGGAGCUGAGCGAGAAUGACAGGCUGCUGACACUCACCAGCGGCGGCUGCAACUCCCUCAACCUGCUGCUCCAAGGCGUCAAGGAGGUUGUGUCGGUUGACUGCAACCCUGCCCAGACGGCACUCCUGGAGCUUAAGGCCACUGCCAUUGCACGGCUGCCCUACGAGGACGUCUGGAAGAUGUUUGGCGAGGGACGCCACCCACAGAUCGACCGGAUCUACAGGCACCAUCUUGCGCCCUUCAUGACAGAAGUUUCCAACAAAUUCUGGAACAACAAGCUUUACCAUUUUGAGAGGGGCCUGUACUACAGUGGAUGCAUGGGAAAGCUCUGCUGGGCAUUCCGGAUUCUGUGCAGCCUGUGUGGGAUGACAGGCACGAGGUUGCGCCUGGCUAAUGCCAAAACCCUUGAGGAGCAGCGGGAGAUCUGGAACAAGAUCUGGAUGGUGCGCUUCUUCAAGUACGGGCCCCCCUUCCUGGUGUGGAUCGUGCUCAAGUUCCUGACUUGGAUCUUCCUGAAUCGGUUCGUGCUCUGGUUUGGAGGCGGUGUGCCCACGAAACAGUAUAAGCUCAUCCAGAAGGAUGGCAUCUCCAUAUCCAGCUACCUGGCAAGGACGUUUGAUGGUGUGGCGCAGCACUCCCACUUGCGCACGCACAACCUGUUCUACUACAGCCAACUGAUGGGCAGGUACAACAAGGAGAGCUGCCCCGAGUACCUGAAGGAGGCCAAUUUUGAGAGGCUCAAGGCGGGCCUGCUGGCCAACCUGACAAUCAGCACGGGCUUCUUCAAUGACGAGCUCAAGGCCAGGAAGUACACCAAGGUGAUCCUGAUGGACCACGUGGACUGGAUGGACCCGGAGGCCGCCCAGAACGUGGUGCAGCUCCUCGGCCGCCAGGUGCUGCCUGGGGGCCGCGUCAUCUGGCGCUCGGCCUCGCUGUGCCCGCCCUACGUCGCCAUGAUGGAGUCCGCGGGCUUCGACGUCAAGUGCGUGCAGCGCGCUGACAGACCCGACUGCUACUACAUGGACCGAGUGAACAUGUACAACAGCUUCUACGUUGCAGUCAGGAGGGCCUCGCUGGGGGGCGGCAACUGA